CACGUCUCUACCGCUCGGCCCACCCCGACGAAAUUUGGGCUGAUUAUGGAUGAACCAAAAUAUUGGCUGCAGUUUUGGUCUCUCCCAGUUCUUGUAAUCUGUGUCUCUCUAUCUUUCGCUCCCAUGGGUUGUAGCCAGCAACUUGCAGUCGUCACCUGCGACUGAUGGUGGCCUGGGUAGACGGGUUAAAGAGAUAAGCUGGUGCGUACAGUUCAGACGGCUGAACUUAAAAUUUAAGGGUAAAUUUGGAAGUCUAGGUGAUAAAUCUUUUCCAUUGAGUGAAAGCGAUGCGGGUGGGGUAUAGCAAGCCAAAGGGCAGGACCUAACCCCGCACGACGCCGUCACAUUUUCAAAUCAAAAGCAAACCCAAGAUGCGUCGUCGGAAUCUUCCUUCAUCAUAAACCCUACGGUACUGUUCCUCACCACCCCCCACCCCCCCCCCCCCCCCCCCCGCCGCGAAGAAAAAAAAAAACCCCUCAGUGUCUGUCAGCGUGUGAGUGAAAGAAGACCCAUGGAGGAAGGAGGAGGAGAAGCUGGUUCAGCGAAACCAAACCCGAAAAUAUGCCAAGAGUGCAAAGAGAAGGCGUCCAAGUACAAAUGCCCAGGCUGCUCCGUACGCUCCUGUAGCCUUCCGUGCGUCAAGGCCCACAAGCUUCGCUCUGGCUGUACGGGAAAGAGGCGCCUAACCAACUUCGUCCCCCUCUCUCAGAUGGACAAUAAUCAGCUCCUUUCUGACUACAAUUUGCUUGAGGAAGUGAAGAGGGUUGCUCAGUCUGCUCACAGAUUGAGAAAUAAGUUGUGCAGAUACAAUAAUUUCAGGCUACCCUUUUGCCUUAAAAGCCUUCGGAGUGCUGCUGCCAGUCGCAGGACGAAACUCUUAUUUCUACCAAGUGGAAUGUCAAAAAGAGAGAAAAAUCAAACUCGAUAUGAUCAAAGGAAGAAAUGCAUCUCCUGGACAAUUGAAUGGCAAUUUCAUUUAACGGAUGUUGUUUUAACUGACCAUGAAGUAAAUGAAAACAAGAACCUCUGCUCUGUUAUCGAAAACCAUCUAAAAGCUGGCCCAUGGAAUCAUCACCUAAAGCCAUUCUGCGAGGAACAGCUGGACUCUCUCAAGCUUUUUAUUCGUAAAUAUCCCAAGGGCACUAGGUCACCUUUCUGUGAGUUGGAUGUAAGAGUUCCAAUAAGGCAGCAGUUAGCAAACUUAGUUAUUUUGGAAUACCCUUUCAUUUAUGUAUUUCUCCCUUCUCACAGUCUUGAUUUUGAAGUAGUUAAAAGUUCCCCUCCUACUUUCGGAAAACCAGAGCUUAGGACUUGUGGAAAAAAUGAUUUGAGCACAGGAGGUGUUCCCUUUAAGGAGGAGGAGAUAGAAGAAGACAACAUCUAUCCUAUGGUCUUUGAUCUCAUGAAACAUGAGACUUCAAGUUCCCCACCUAAUAUAUCUAAUAAAAGGAGGUGUGAGAAGCCACCCGAUGAUUCAUUUGCUAGGCCUUUGUCUGUAACUGUGGAAACUUGCAACGAUUCACAUUCCAGCUCUGAUGCUAAGAAGCAAGUGUUUUUUGAAGACAUGGACUUUGCUUUUGAUCAAGGCUUAAUAGACGAGUACUCAGGUCUUAUGGCAGAAAUUAAUCCUGAUGAUUUUCUUGAUUUGGAAGGUGAAUUUACCAAGGAAGGAGUAGCAGAAAGAAAUCUUUCAAGUGUCAGGAGAUUCUUAUUGGCAGAUGACGAUAUAGAGGAGGGAGAAAUUUUAGAAUAGUUGGCCUUAUAUCAUUCCCCCAAGAAAGAAUUAAAAGAGGGAGCUUUCAGAGGAGCAUCGCCUAAAGAGUUGUGCUGCCAACUGCAAUUUUAGCUUCUCGGUGGUAUUCUGCUCCGGGGUUCUAGUUAUUCUUUGAAGCAAUGUCUUAAGCAGCAAGUAACGACUGGCUGGAGCCAUUUGAUUGCUUGAUUUGAGAUCUUAAGAGGCUUUCUUGUAUACUUCGUUUUUUCCAUCUCCGACAAUUACAAACACGGUCCAAAUAGGAUUGGAGUCCAGUUUCUUCGGCUUGACGCAAUUAAGGAGUUGAAUAUCCUUGCAACUUACCUAUUCGGAUCAAUGAAGGUUGUCGAGUUUUAUCAUUUCGUCUUUGCACCGGUUUAUUCAGACAAAUUCGAUGCUCCUGGCAAUUUGUCGCCAUGCAAUAUGGCUUCGACGAAUACUGAUUUGAGGAUGGUGUAUAUCAAACAAUUGUUGCCAGUGUCCUUUCUUUCCCCAAUUGUAUAAUUAUUAUUAUUAUUUUAAAUUAUUGCCUUAUAGUAGUAGUAGUAGUAGUGCGAGUGCUAGGUGGACCUUUGUUUGGUGCUGGCCUCUAUAUUCUUGUUGCUCUCAACUGUUGGUCGUCUGUUCGGAUGAUUGAAAAUUUUCCCCAAAGCUGGAAUAAGUUUGUGAGACUA